AUGCCUCCACCAAGCAGACGCAAACAACAAAGUCGUGAAGCUAACGAAAAAUCAAUUGAAGCAAGAAAAAACUCCCAAGAAAAGAAUGCGCCAAAGGAAGUCGAUCCAAAACACUGGACUGCUUCUGUAAUUGUUAAUGGUGACUCUUAUACUCGAGCAAGGAAUUUAUUUCAAGAUAACAAUAUUAAAGUGCCGAGUGAAAAAGAGUUUUACCGUCAUCAA